AUGAGAAUGUCUUAUGGCGAUUUUUGCCUUUCCAAAAAUGGUACGCAACUCUCUACGAAUUUCAGUCAAAACAAUGUAAAAGCCAUGCCAAACGAUCAGCCGCUAAACAAAAGAAAACGCCAUUAUGCGGAGGAAUUGGAGGGGACCUCCACGACGUCGACGGCAGCUUUUUCAACAAUUCCACAAACGCUUUCGACUGAAAACAAUCUCCCCUCGUGGACAGCUUUCGAACAUGAAAAGGAUAUGCCUUUCACCCAGUCAAUUCCACAAUAUCAAGAGUUCAACCAACCGCAGCCACAUCAACCGCACCAACUCCCACCACCUUCUGAUGGCUUCGACUUGACAAAUUUAUGCGGCAAUAUGAAUCUUGAGAUGAAUCAUGGCGAGAUCGUUGAUCCAGUCUACUCCAAUAACACAUGGUUUGCCACAGAACAGUCCGUGGAUUCGUAUCUCGAUCAACGACCACCCGAGGCUUUCAAUACAGCGUACCCUGGAUAUUUUCAAGGAUCCGAUCAAUUCGGUUUUGAAUCGUAUUCAAUGGGAAGAAGUCAAGAAGACCUUCGGGAUCCGGAUCAACCAGGUCCAUCUCAUCUUUACCACACUCCACAACCAAAAACGCUUUUCGACUUCGACUUCAACGAAGACCUGCGCUUAUCAGUCAGUGAAGAUGCUGUAGAAGGGAAUGAAGGUCGAGUCAGAGAUGAGAGGAAUAAUCUAUUGGAAGAUUGGAAAGUCAAAGAUUGGAAAUCGAGUGAAUGGAAAAAAUUGGAGGAACACUGUACAAAAAGUUUCGGAUGUCUUCCACCGCCUCCACCACCCGCAAUUUUAUAUGAGAGGAAGAAAAAUGGGAGAAAGAUGCAUCCGGAAAACGAGAUCGAUCCAUACUUUCAUCUGACCGACAAAGACGCGCUCACGUUAAUGGAGGGGAAAAGACGAGGAAAUGAAAUGCUCAAAACGGGAAUCACCAGUUGGUACGAAGCUGCGGAUAAACAGGAAGCGGCGAAGCAAUUGUGGAAAGAAAUCCUUGGACGUGUGAUCAACAAUCGCCAAAGCACGGCCGUCAAGAAUCGCUCCACUGAUGCGCACGGGCAUUUCAGCCGAGCAACUAUGCAAGUUUGCGAAGCGGCUAGUCGAUAUCGAGAUCUUUUGGUGAGGUUGUUCAAUGGACAAAUGAUGGGAGAAGACGCUCAAAGAGAGAUGAAUUCGAUCGAUCAGACAAUUCUCGUGCCUGAUGAAGAAGGACGGACUUUGUUGAGCCGGGUGCGCGACUUCGCCGAGACCGAGGCCAACAAAAAGCCGACAACAAGGCAAAAAACGAUGCCGAAAGAUGAAAAAAACAAUAAAGAUAAAAAGAAGAAA